GCAGGAUUCACCGAACUAGGGUACUUUUGCCUAAGUUUCCUUGGAAAUCCAACUUCCAGAGAGUCAAGAAACGCGGCGAUCUGCUGCGGCUCUCCGGGAGGGAGGUCUGCUCCCGCAGACAAGGUUGACCUCCCGGGCCCACCCGGCCUAAGUGCGUCAGCGAAGAUCACGGCCACCCAGCCAGGACUUCCCGGGCCCUGGGAGCGAUCCGAUGCCCUGCUGGGGCACCCACGCACCUGCUUGGGGGUCCCGGCUGCACGCCCCGGGCGCCGGACGGUCCGCUGCUGGGUCCCCGAAGCCAGCGUUCCAGCCGCGGCGCUUCCGCCCCGGAGUGGCGCAGCGGGGCGCGGCGGGGCGGGACCGUGCCUGCGCCUCCUGAACCCCGAGCCUGAGCUGCGGUCAGCGUCCCUCUGCGGGGUGUCUCGCGACUGUCCCUAUCACUUCCGCCUGCCGGAGGGAAGGCGUGUCCCCCUCCCCUCCCCCGGCCAGCCGAACUCUGCUUCCAAGAUCAGCCAAGCCCGUCAGGACUUUCAGUUUCGUCUUUGAGACUGUAAAUGGCCAGUAGUGGUAAAUCCGAAAUUUGAAUCUGGGCGACGUAAUGUAUGGCGAUUUUGACAGAGAAAUAAUUGUGGAUGGGUGCUAGGUAGAGUGCCGGAAUCCCAGGACAGGAAAAGACCAAGGCACCAGAAAUAAUCUAUGUUCAACAAUUCUAGGUAAAUUUAACAUAAUAAAAAUCAUAGAGUUAUUGCCAGUGGCCCAAGGAGCCCAUCAUGGCGACACCCACCAAACGGCUGGCCUUGGAUACUGUAGCAGAGAAAGUGCUGUUGUACGAGGCCUUUAUCAGUGAUGUACUGCAGCGAGACUUGCAAAAGGUGCUGGAUCACCGAGACGAGGUGUAUGAGCAGCUAUCUGUAUACCUUCGACUGAGAAAUGUCAUUGAGCGACUCCAGGAAACUAAGUGCUCGGAGUUACAUAUGCAGGUGGAUUUGGGCUGGAACUUCUUCGUUGACACAGUGGUCCCAGACACUUCCCGCAUCUGUGUGGCCCUGGGAUAUGGUUUUUUCCUCGAGUUGACACUGGCUGAAGCUCUCAAGUUCAUUGACCGGAAGAGUUCUCUCCUCACAGAGCUCAGUGACAACCUCACCAAGGACUCUGGGAAUAUCAAGGCUCAUAUCCGCAUGAUGCUAGAGGGACUUAGAGAACUACAAGGCCUACAGAAUUUCCCAGAGUCAUCUCCCCAUUGACUGCUUCUUCCCAUCUAAUAUUAAAGAGCCGAAUGCCUUGGAGAAAAAAAAAAUCAUAGAAAAUACCAUCUCAGAACCAUAAUGAAAUGAAACUGAAAACCUGGAACAGGGAAUAUUGACAGCAGAAAAUAUAUGGCAAUUAAUGUUUUGCACUUACAGUGGAAGAAGUCACAAAGGACUUAGGAACCCUUCUGAGAUAAAUAAAAGAAACACACCAACAUUGGUGGGAUAUAGUUA